AUGGCUUGGCGUUGGGAUUGGCAACAGCAGCCUUCGGCCUGGCAUCAGUCGAUGGACUGGCAGCAGGACUGGCAUGCUACGGACUGGCAUGCCACGGACUGGCAGCAGGGUUCCUCGUGGGGUGGUUCGUCGUCUUGGGAGUGGCCAGAUGACAAGAAGGACCCACCGAAGCCGGAGAAGAAGCUGGUCUUUUCUGGCUACAGCUUUUUGGGUGGUGCGAAAAAGGGCUCACUUCCCCUCUCGCAGCAAGCGAUCCUUUUGAAGAGCACCCUCACAGAGGUACCGCAGCUGUGCCUGCAGAGCUGGAAGUCGAUCACAUCACUCUGUGCGUUUUGGAUUCUUUUCCGAGUCGAUGCUAGCGCUACCAGCAUGGCAAGUUUGGGCUCAGAGCUCACCGAGAUCACAGGGCAUUUGGAGGAAGCGUUCAAAAACAGCUACCCCACGGAUGCGGACCGCGCCACAGUCAUCGACUGGUUCAAACGCCAUGGCCAAGACCAGGGCAAGAUCUUGGAGCGUGCCGUCGGAGAAGGGUUCGUUGCUGAACCUGACAGACACCGCUCGGACUACCGAGGCGAUGCUUCCCGCAACUCCCUGCCCCCCACUGCGCCUGACGGCCGUGUUCGCAAGCGUCGCUCCACGUCAGAGGAAAUCCAACGAUUCGAGAGAAGGAAGCGGUUGGCUGAAGUGACCCUGGAAGCCGCCGAAGCAGAGCUCCGUGCGCAGCGGAUGGAAGCCGCUGUGCGAGGGGAAGGUGCAGCAGAGGCGCCUAAGAAGCCACACCUUCUCCACUCGCCAGCCAUUCCAAACAGCUGGGUGGCCCAGACGCCCAGCCCGCAGCCAAUCAUGCCUCCUAGCCAGGGCGGGUGGCGCUCCUGUGCAUUCAUUUUUUAGCCGAACUUCCUGGAGAGAUGCCUGUGCGGUAUUAGAUCUACCCGAUUUUGUACAAUCUUCAGCAUGCACUUGCCCGGCGCAAGAUGUGGAUUGAGCGCAAGCAAAG